AUGAUGUUAUUGGCGGGACCCCAAGCAGUCGACGAGAUUUUGUUGAGCGCCGUCGCUGAAUCGCUGGCUCUGGUUGCGCUGCAGGAAGCGACUCAUGGUACGCAACUCCUUGAAGAUCUUGGCUUGCGUCGUCUCAAACUUGGCAAGCUCGGCGACUGCGGUCACCAACGCUUGGCCAUCCUCUCAGAACGGGCUGGCUAG